AUGUAUCAGAACAGAGACAAGACCUGUCAAGACACAAAAGUGUCUCUGCAAAAGAAAUUGAACGACAUCCCCAUCCUUGUUGUCAAGGUCAAUGACCGACAGGCCGCCGCCCCGUGCGGCCGUGCGCCUGGUGGCCUCUUGACAUCCGAGGGUCUUUUCCUCUUCUUCCCUGCAGCACCAGCCACAUCUUGGAGCCGCUUCUUGCGCUGCUUCAUAAAUCGCCCUGCCAACAUCAUGACCGCUAUAAGUUUUGCUUCUUCUGCUGAGCCUAGACAUCAUCCGGAUUGUUGUAUGGCCAUCUCGCAGCCCCUGCUCCACAAUCUGGCCAACCUCCUACCUCAUGGCCCAGCCAUCUCUGUGCUUAGCAUCGGCAGUGGUACCGGCCUCCUCGAAAGCCUGCUCUCGCAACAGCUCGAGGACUCAUACGACGUUUGCGGUGUGGAAGUCUCCCCAAACGUCAACAAGUACCUACCUGAGCAGAACAUGUUCUUCGUUGGUGGCACAUGGGACCUCUGUUCGCAAGCAGGUAAAUCUCAUGUCUGGAUCUUUACAUAUCCUCGCGAACCCAAAUUGGUCGCACAAUACCUCGAAUCACAUGAUCAUGCCAACCUCUCCAAGAUCAUCUGGCUUGGACCUAAGAUGGAUUGGCAGGAUUAUGAAGGUGUGUUUGCUUGCUCAAGGUUCGGCCAUCUCACAAUCUUAGAAGACUGUGGAGCAGCAGCCUACGAGAUGGUCGUUGUGGCAGAGCCUUGA